AUGUCGCGCCUCUCCCAUUCCAACUCAUCCGACGGACAGAUUUCCGAGAACCACCCCUCCAGCACAGCUCCCAGUGGCAGCACGGUCCCUCCGCAAAGCGAGACACGGCUCCGCGCUCCGAGAUCUCUUCCUCCAUGGAUUGAUUCAUAUGAAGAGAGAUACGGUCCUGCCCCCAAGGCUCAACUAGAUCUCCUACGCCCACCCAACACGACCCGACCUCAUCGCAAUUCUGCCCCGAGCGAGCCGAAACGCCGUGUGUCCAAGGAUGGAUUUAUAGACUGGGAGGAUGCCCAGCUGGGUCCGGGACAGCGACCUCGGGGCAGCAUCCCCCACAUCCUCCGGUACGGCCGCGCACCAAAGAAAGGAAGGAAAUGGGACCACUUGCGAUCUGCCGAACCCGUUGUUGUCUCCGGCUAUGUCCCGUCAACCAUCUCAGGCCCCCCAAUGGCAUGGCGUGAUUUCAUCCACGCCUCCAAAUAUGGGCAUCUCACGGGCGAGGAGAGCGAGAUUAUGAACCAGGGCGACCUUGAAAAGCUGCAGCCGAACUUCGACCAACCUGUACGAGGGGCCUACAACCCGUUAGAUAUACGCACAUCACGACGGAGAAGAGCCAUUGCUCCCUACAAGAGGAUAUGGAAUCUAGUUAUGCGACAUCCUUUCUCGCCCCUCCUCUUCCGCCUCAUUGUCAUGGUAACCUCGAUUCUAGCAUUGGGAGUUGCCGGAAGGAUGUUCCACCUGGUGGAACAUUCGGAAAAUAAAAUGACUCCGGAACGGAGCCAGGCUGUUAUGGCCAUUGUGGUGGACUGUGUCGCCCUACCAUACAUUGCAUACAUGAUCUGGGAUGAGUAUACGGGGAAACCGCUCGGGCUACGCUCUGUUGUCUCCAAGGUGUCACUCAUCUUGCUGGACCUCUUCUUCAUCAUCUUCAAGUCGGCCAGUACAGCGCUAGCGUUCUCAACCCUGAUAUUUCACGGGUCAUCUACUGAAAGUGCGCGAGCUCUGGGUAAGGCCUUGGCGGCGUUCAUGCUGAUGGCAUUGGUCUCCUGGACGAUUAACUUCAUCAUCAAUAUUUUCCGAACAGUCGGGCGGCUCGGUCGUGGUGAUGACGAGCGUGGGUGA